GCUGCACGUAUGCAUGGCUGCUCCAAAAAAAAUUAAAGUCACUAUACACUGAAAAAUCUAGGCGUAUGAGGCAACUGUAUUAUAAAGGCUAAAGAUAACAAAGACUGCAAGAAGAACUUGGCUUCACAAAAGAACUAAAGAGUUGUGGUACCAUCUAACCCUAGCCGUGAAGUUGAGUUCAUCUACUGAGCACAAAAGAACGUGAUACCUAAAGAAAAAUAAUGAAUGUAAACAAUUUUGUUUUGUUCUUCCUACUUCUCAACUUUUGUGUUAUAAUUGGUAAGAGGGAAUUUAAGGCAACCAACAGUGGUCAGAGGAGGCAGCUCCACUCUCAAAAACAACAAGUUGGCAUUGUGAAUCGCAAUCCAGCCAGACAAUUCAACCCUAGACGUUCAUUCUCCACUGCAAAAGUUCGAAACAUUAAUGCAGAUGAAAGCACUGCAACCUUCCUGGAUUCAUACAUAGGUGUUGAUGAAACUGAAACCAACUACAAUGUAUUACCAGGUAGACAAGGACGUUGCAAAGCAAAUGGAAUGAUCAUGUAUGACAAGGCAGUUUGGUCUCCAAAACCGUGUCUGACCUGUCUGUGUUCAAAUGGAAACGUGAUCUGUGAUGAAGUGAACUGCCCCAUCUUAAAAUGUACGAGGACCAGAAUACCCACAGGAGAAUGCUGUCCAAUUUGCAUUUCAAUUGAGCUAAAUGAUCCAAGUGAAAUUUAUCAUCCAGUGAUUCCUGGUAAUCAAGCUAUGCAAAUAAAACAAGGAGAACCAAGGACAGAAAACCAGAAAUUAGAAGAAGGGUUACCCAGAAAAGAUGAGGAACUAGAAAGAAAGCGAGAAGAGAAAAAGAAAAAUGACAAAGAAGAACAAAGGGAACUUGGAAAAUCCUAUCAUAGAGAAGAAAAGCUACAAGAAAUGGAAGAGGAAGAACUUCAAAAACUGCAGGCAGAGGAACAGGAACAUUUACAUGAAGAAGUUCAGAGGAGUAAAGAAAGGGAAGAAAAUCAACAACUUGUAAACGAAGUGAGGAAUCUCUCAAAAACUAUACAAGGGGGAGAAGAACAGGGGAAUAAUUAUGAUGGAUAUGUUGAUUAUGUUGAAUAUAAUGAUCACCAAGAGAAGGAAGAGGAGAAGCAAUUGAAGGAACAAGAGGAAGAGGAGGAGAAAGAAGAGCAGCAAGUGAAAGAACAAGAGGAGGAGGAAGAAGAGCAGCAAGUGAAGGAACAAGAGGAGGAGGAAGAAGAGCAGCAAGUGGAGGAACAAGAAGAGGAGGAAGAGGAGAAGCAGGUGAAGGAACAGGAGAAGGAGGAAGAGGAGAAGCAGAUGAAGGAACAGGAGAAGGAGGAAGAGGGGAAGCAGUUGGAGGAACAAGAGGAGGAGGAGGAGAAGAGUGAGAAAGAGAAGGUAAAAGAGGUGAUAGAGGAGCAACUGGAAGUAUACAAGGAAGAAGAGAUAAUGGAGAAGGAGGAUGUGGUGGAAGAGGAAGCAGUAGUUGAUGAAGCAGAGGAGCAAGAUGAGCAACAAGAGGAAAAGCAAGAGGAGGCAGAAAAGGUGUUUGAGGAAGAGGAAGAAAAUGGCUAUGCAGAUGUUUUUGAGUUGUCUUUAUUUCCUUCCAUAUUUGAAUCAACUCCAGUUCAUUCAGGUGAAGAACCCCCAGAAUUUUCUUUUCCAGUUGGCUGCGAGACCACAGAUAUCACAAUAAAUUGCAAUAAUGCCAAGUUAAUCCAAAUACCUCCACUCAGUGAUCUGGAGAUUACAAAUCUUUAUCUUGCAGAUAAUAGGAUUACGACUAUUCCAGCAGGGGUAUUCAAUGGGUUUCCUAAUCUCAAACUAAUUGACCUCAGUAGAAAUAAGAUUCUUUCUUCCAACAUUGACCCAGCAGCAUUCAGAGGAUUAAAAAAACUGGAACGCCUAUACAUGGAUCAAAAUUUGUUGGUCCAGAUUCCUCCUCAACUCCCUCGAAAACUUGUCGAACUAAAAGUAAAUGACAACCUACUUCAACGACUGGAUGAAGAAGCUUUCCAGGGUCUAAAUAAAAUAGUCAAUCUGGAACUGGAAGGUAAUAAACUCAGUGAAAGCAAUGUACAACCAUUGGUCUUUAGACCUCUUAAGCGACUCACUUACUUACGACUGGGAAAGAAUAAAUUUAGAACCUUACCACAAGGUCUUCCUCCCUCCAUAGAGGAGCUUUACCUUGAAGACAAUGAAAUUGAAGAAAUAUCUGAAGUUAGUUUGAAUAGGACUACCAAUUUGAAUGUGAUGGUUCUCAGGAAUAACAAGCUUGAUGAAACCAGGAUAGCACCAUUUGCUUGGAUAAAACUCAAGAACCUAGAAUAUCUCGACCUCUCACACAACAAGAUAAUUCAAGUUCCAUCAUUACUACCCAAAGGUCUGCUUUAUCUUAUACUUGUUCAUAACCAGAUUGAGCAAAUUCCAGGCUUUGUAUUUGCUCACAUGGAACCAGGAUUAGAAUUUUUAUACCUAUCUUUCAACAAAUUAACCAGCAAUGGAAUUGACCCAGUUUCUUUCUUUGGCACCUACAAUACUAUGAGAGAACUGUUUUUGGAUCACAAUAUGUUGAAAAAAAUUCCUACUGGAAUUGCUGAAAUGAAGGCACUUCACUUUCUGAGACUCAAUGAUAACUUAAUCAGGAAUGUUCCACCGGAAUCCAUCUGCACAGUGAACGAUCAAGGUGAUUCAAAUAUUCGAACACUUCAUCUUGAAAACAAUUACAUUAACACACGGCGAAUCCCACCAAAUGCCUUUUGUUGUAUAGAAAAAUACUCAAGCGUGAUACUGACACCACAAAAGAUCAAAAAAUAACUAUUCUCGGUGCGAAAAUGUUUGUAUCCAUAUAUGUUUUGAAGCAAAGAUUUUGUAUGACGUGUGACUUAAAUGUUGUUUAUUUGUGCUCCUGUCAAAACAAAAUAAUCAGUCCUUAUCUAGCAAUAAGAAAGUACACUAAACCUACAUCUAGUUCAUGGUUUUUAUGUUAAUAAAUGUCUAUAAAUCUAUCAUUAGCAAAAGACAGGUGGACAUUUAAUAAUGAAUCACAUUUGUUAGUCAUUAAAUGUCAUAAUUUACUGGAUGUUAUUUGAGAGUUAAAAGAUGUUGUUGACCAUGCCAUGUAUGAUGAAAUAAAACUACUCAUUCAACGAA